AAGCACAGUUAAGUGAAAUCCUCACGUGAGAAAUAGAGGGACUAAACAAAUAUAUAACACGCCAAUGUCAGGAAGGGAUAGCAGAUAUCGCGGAAAUUAUCGUGGAGGGUACCAAAGGUCAUAUGGCGGCCCAUAUGACAGUCCGCGUGGAAGACGGGGAGGCUAUGGCGGCUCAUACGGUGGUUCCUAUGGAGGGUACGACGAUGGACGAGAUAGCUAUGACCGCCAUAGAGAUGGAUAUGGACGUGAAAGAGAGGAUUAUGAUAGGUAUGAAGGUCGCCAUCACAGUCGCGGAGGCUACAACCCAAGAUUCAGCGCCAGAGGAAACCAUUACAACACACACGGAGGACACCAUUACCAAGAAGAGUUCUCGAACCGUCGUGAGAGCUGGUUCAACAAGGAGAAGACGCCAUCCUCAACACAUUCGAACGAAUCUGCGUCUUUCAACAAUGCUGCGCCAAAGCCAUCAGUCAGUAGAGACGACACGCCGAGCGCAAGGAACAAUUCAACACCGGACAGCACGGCUCCAUCAAAGACAUCAGGGCAAGGCUCGCCUUGGAUCAAGCUCCUAGGUAUGGAUGAAACUGACAGAGUCCAGAAGACACUGGGCAGCGCUGCUAAAACAGAGAUUGACAAGAUACGGAGAACACACCAGGCAAACUAUUUCAAAAUAAGGGACUGCACACAAAAACUUGACGAGUUGGAAACCGACACAUACAUCUUUAAGAUGCAACUGGGCUCUUUAGAAGCUGGGAUAAACGGCUAUGAGACUUACAAAAACGCUAGAAUAGACGUGAUCGAUAAGAUUACCCUUCUCGGAGAGGGAGAUUGACCUCUGGUAUAUGCAUGUACAACACACAAUACACACAGCGAAUGUCCUUGAGAAUGGCAACUUCUACAAAGGACCAUGACAAACUGCAAUGUCACCCUCGAUGU